CCCGCGGCGGCGGCGGUCACCGAGCGGGACAGCCCUGACCGGACAGCCGUGACCGGACAGCACUGACCGCACAGCCCUGACCGCUCCGCACAGCCCUGCCCGCUGCCAUGCUGUCCCGCCUCGUCCUGCGCGCCGCCCCCGCCGCGCUGAGGGCGCUGCCGCCGCCCGUCGCCGUGGGGGUGUUGCACACCACAAGACCACUACACACAACUCAGCAGAGUUUGGCUCCUGUGCCACCUCUGCCUGAGAAGGGAGGAGAAGUUCGUCAUGGUUUGAUCCCUGAAGAGUUUUUCCAGUUUCUCUACCCUAAAACAGGAGUUACAGGGCCCUACAUGCUGGGCACUGGCCUCCUGCUCUACUUCCUUUCCAAGGAGAUCUACGUGGUUAACCACGAGACAGCAGCAGCUGCCUGCAUACUCGGAGUCAUCAUUUAUGGCAUCAAGAAGUUCGGGGCUGAUGUCGCAGCUUUUGCUGACAAACUCAACGAGGAGAAACUGGCCUCAGCUCGGGCCAUGAAGAGCGAGUCCAUUGAGACGCUGCAGAAGGCCAUCGAGGAGGAGAAGAAGGAGCAGUGGAGGGCAGAGGGACGCAGUUACCUCUUCGAUGCCAAGCGGAACAACAUUGCCAUGCUGCUGGAAGCCAACUACCGGGAGCGGCUGCUGAUGGUGUACACCGAGGUGAAGAAGAGGCUGGACUACCAGGUGGCCAUGCAGAACCUGAAGAGGCAGAAGGAGCAGGACCACAUGAUCCAGUGGGUGGAGAAGAGCGUCAUUCAGAGCAUCACACCUCAGCAGCAGAAGGAAAGCAUUGCCAAGUGCAUCCUGGACCUGAAGGCGCUGUCCAAGAGCGCCCACGCAGCCGUGUGAGCAGCCUGAGCCACUGGCAUGUCCCAGUACCUCCUGUUGAAAACUGUAUGACUCUAAAAUAUCAUUAAAAAGACAAAAAAAGCC